GUUCCAAAGAUGACCGGGGGAAGUCUUGCUCUUCCGUUCCGCAUUACCGGCCCGGAAGGAGUCAACGGGAGGCCACACGGUCGCGCUACAAAUGGAAAAGAUCCCCCCCCCCCAUACACACGCGCGCGCGUGGUUUGCGCCCGAACGUGACAGAAGGCACCGACACGCGAGCGUGCAAGGGACCCGGCUCGGGUCUGGAAGGAACCAAGGUGUUCCCCAGGGGGCUCACCCGGACCCGCUUCCGCCGUGGCGACUUCCUGUGCGUCACAUCCGGUUCCAUCCCACGCCUGUGCGUCCCAACUUCAAGCUCGCUGCGCGCUGCCCGCAGGCCGCCAGGGGGUGUGUAGCCCUCAGCCUUGGUCGCGAACCCAGCUCUCCUCCGCGCGAAGUUGCUCGGCCCCAAGUGGGCGGCGUCGGGGAACCUAGCUGCACCGUCCGUUGGCGUGGGCGGACGGCGCCUAGUCGACUCCGGUGCAUCCUGCAGCACUGAGCCCUACGGGGGACGGGCUUCACCUCGCCCUGGAGUCAGCCCGGGGCAAACUAGGGACCAGGCGCCUGGGUGGCGGACUUCGCAGGGCAGGACGCACAGCCUUUGCGUCCUCACUUUGCCGGAAACAGACAUGUCGGGGUCCACAUUCAUGCAGACCAGGACCGCUGCCUGCUCCUCCAGCUGUGUCCCUCUGCUGGGGAAGUCACUUUGAUCCAUGUGGUCCAUCCUUGAGGUUCACUUCCCACAAGUCCCCUCAGCAUGUCAUCAGCAAAAUCCCAAGCCCCAGAGGAGACAGUGGCUGGCUGCGAAGAGGAGCUGAGAGGAAAGUCACUUCCCACUUGGGGCCCCCUCUUUGGUCACCGGAGUGAGAAGAUUGUCUUUACCAAAGGUGAUGGAAGUCCAGAGGAGAGCCUGCUCACCGUCACCAUCACAGAGACCACUGUCAUUGAGUCGGACUUGGGUGUGUGGAGCUCAAGGGCUCUCAUCUACCUCACGCUGUGGUUCUUCUUCAGCUUUUGUACGCUGUUCCUCAACAAGUACAUCCUGUCGCUGCUAGAGGGAGAGCCCAGCAUGCUAGGUGCUGUGCAGAUGCUGUCUACGACAUUAAUUGGAUGCGUUAAAAUAUUUGUUCCUUGCUGUUUGUAUCAACACAAAACUCGGCUCUCUUACCCACCCAAUUUCAUCAUGACCAUGCUCUUCGUGGGCCUCAUGAGGUUUGCCACGGUGGUUUUGGGGCUGGUCAGCCUGAAGAAUGUGGCAGUGUCCUUCGCUGAGACUGUGAAGAGCUCAGCUCCCAUUUUCACUGUGAUCAUGUCUCGAAUGAUUCUGGGGGAGUACACAGGGCUGUUGGUCAACUUGUCCCUUAUCCCAGUCAUGGGAGGACUGGCAUUGUGCACAGCCACUGAGAUAAGCUUCAACAUCCUGGGGUUUUCAGCUGCAUUAUCCACCAACAUUAUGGAUUGUUUGCAGAAUGUUUUUUCAAAAAAGCUUCUCAGUGGGGACAAAUACAGGUUCUCGGCCCCGGAGCUGCAGUUUUACACCAGUGCUGCUGCUGUGGCCUUGCUGAUCCCAGCGUGGGCCUUCUUCAUGGAUGUCCCUGUGAUUGGCAGGAGUGGGAAGAGCUUCAGCUACAGCCAGGACAUCGUGCUGCUGCUGCUGACAGACGGCGCCUUGUUUCACCUUCAGAGUGUCACCGCAUACGCCCUGAUGGGAAAGAUCUCCCCUGUGACUUUCAGUGUCGCCAGCACCGUGAAGCACGCCUUGUCUAUCUGGCUCAGCAUCAUCGUUUUUGGCAACAAAAUCACCAGCCUGUCUGCCAUUGGCACCGUCCUUGUCACAGUGGGCGUCUUGCUCUACAACAAGGCCAGGCAGUAUCAGCAGGAGACCAUGCAGAGUCUGGCCACAGCCAGUAGCCGGGGCUCAGAGGAUGACACAGAACCUCUGGUUCCCCAGGACUCAAGACAGCACCACUGAGUUCCUUUUGAUGCCGUGACGCCCGGAAACCCAGCCUAGACUGUCCUCCUGCACUGUAUGCUGGAAGAGAGAGGCAGACUCUGCAGGCAGGUCUUUUGUUCCUCACUGGACACCAGAUGGGGAGUUUGGGGAUCAGCUUCUGCCUGACAGAGCCCUGCAGGAGGGAGCAAAUGGCCUAUGGCUAACUGGGCACACUGCCUGCAGGUGCGCCAGUGACUCGGUGGGGCCAACUGUGGAAUAAGCACAGGUUCCAGUACCAACAGGAGUUGCUGUCUGCUUGAUGCCAUCCAGGAGACUUCAACUUUCCUAUGACCACCACCACCACCACAGACACCAAAGCCUCCUGGUUCCUGACAGACAAGAAACAGAAAUUCCAGAUGCCAGUGACUCUAGCAAAGAGCCACAAAACCCUGGGGAUGCAGAAUGACUGACAACAGAGACGAGUGUCUUCUUCCAUGGAGGAGUAGAGCUUCUAUGAAGAGAAAGUCUCCCCUUUUUGGCCUGUGCUACACUGAGCUACCCCACUCCAGGUUUGCUGUCCUGUGUUUCUGCUACCCGUUUGGUGAUUUCUCCAACUCGGGCAAAUCUCUAAUCAGAACAGGUCCCCCUGGAGUUCUUCUCUGUCCUGGGUAUACUGAAUGUGAAGCAGGCAUAGUUGACCACCCUGCCAGAUUCCCCUUCGGGAUGAUGACAGGGAAGUUUAGCAGAGCAUCUGUGUUUACAGGUUACGCUUCAUGUGCAGUGACUCAUUUUAGCAAAGCUCCUGGAGUGUCUGCAUGUAAGGUGAAUCCAAGUCUACACACACAGCUGGCUCUUCCCAGGGAUCAUAUGUGAUACUUCCUGAGCUACCAGGUGCCCAGAGUCUGUCCCUCCUCCCAGGGUCACUGGUGUCAGAGCUCAGGAUGCCUGAGCAGUGAAGGACCAUAGUGGGGGCUUGGGCAUGAGAUGCUGAGGUUUUACUUAUUCAUCAGUUUGUGGGUUCUGAUGUGGGGUGCAGUCCAUGGCCAGCCAGUCUUUAAGACUCUUCUCCAGUAACCCAAACUCCGAGACUCACGAGCUUUAGCCACUGGCACUUUCGGUUCCAAGUCUCACUUUCCCUGCUGUCCAUCUUGAAGGCCCAUGCUGAUUCAUUGAUUUCCAAGUUGGCUCCUUGCCUGGAAAAUAUGAAAAUAGCCCCUCAAAGAGACAGAUUGAUUUGAAAAAGAGCAAUAAUUAUGUCUUAAGUUUUAUGUACUUGAAAAAGUUUGCUGUGAUGAUGGAUCAAAAUGAGGCCUUUUAAUCUAUAAUCCACCUUUUCAGAGAAGGUGCUUGUGUUCUGGACACAGGCUAGGUGUGUCUUCCCUGUGCUGAGGUCACCUCCACUAUGAAGGGUUCUCUCAUUUGACUUUCCCCAGGUUUCUACUUCCAUUGGAGGGCAGAUGAUGGAUAUUGGGUUAAUCUGUACAUUAGGCCUCUCUCAAGAACCUGGCUGUGGAGCUGCUGACACACCAGGACACGUGUUUGGGCAGUGGUUGGAAGAUCCCUCUGGCCUUCUUACAGAUCAGAGCCCCAAAUGCCUGGUUUCUGAGUAGCACUUGGAAUUCCCAUGUGGAAUUAGGAAAUGGCCCAUCGUAACUUGUUCUGUCUACUCCUCCACUUCACCAACCUUUCCGCCUGUUUUGAUUCUAAGUUUGUGGACUAGAAACAAAAACAAAGAUUUUCUUAAAACAACUUCUUAAAAAGCUGCUUUUGAGACAGGAAGACCAUGUCAUCUAUGCUAGAGCCAGCAUCACGGCCUGUCCUCAUCACAGGCGGGAAGACCAUGUCAUCUAUGCUAGAGCCAGCAUCAUGGCCUGUCCUCAUCACAGGCGGGAAGACCAUGUCAUCUGUGCUAGAGCCAGCAUCACGGCCUGUCCUCAUCACAGGCGGGAAGACCAUGGAGUCUGUGCUAGAGCCAGCAUCACGGCCUGUCAGGCUCUACAUUCCAUGCACAUCCUUGCCACACAGCCACCUCUUCCAGCAUUUCCAGGACUCCUGGCCAUUUGUUAUAACCAUACCAUCACAAUAUUUUUUUAUUAACGUUGUCAGUACUUUUAUAUCAUACUGUGUUUUUCAAGAAUUGUUGCUGAUGUACGUGUAGAAAUAUCUUGGAUUAAUUUUUCCUAAGUCCAUGUCUUUGUCUGGUCUGCUGUAACAGAACACCGGAUGGACAUUCUGAGCCAGCCAUCUGCUUCCUCACUACACACAUGGUUAAGAGAUACACAGAUUUCUAAUUUCAGAACGCUUCUAGGGGCUGUAGAGAAGACUUGGUGGGGAAGAACAAGUAGUGCUCUUGCUGAGGACCCAUGCUCAGUUUCCAGAAGUCGUGUAGGGUGCCUCACAACUGCCUGUAACUCCAGCUCUAGGGAUUCUGAUUCCUCUAGCUUCUGUGGGCAUCUGCACUCACACACACACACACAUACAUACACGUAUGCACACACACAUGAUUUUAAAAUGAGUACAUUAAAAAAGACUCCCAUGACUUUGGGAUGUAGCUUAGUGAUACAUUGGUGUCAUUUAUUGAGACCAGCACACAUGGGAUAGAGGGAGACGAGACCCCAAAACAUCCACCACAGUAGAUGGUUUUUGUCUAAAGUUGGGCAUGGUAGCACUUACCUGUAAUCAUAGUCCUGUGGAGGCAUUAGGCUAUACAGUUAUUCCAAGACCAACUUGGGCUACAUAUUAGGAUCCUGUUUCAAAAAAAAAAACUUAAUUGUUUUUCUGAUCUUUGUAAUUUCUUACAUACCAGCAUUAUAAUCUGUUUGCCUGGAAAGUCGAGAGUACUCUUGUGCAAUCCAAAAUAUGUUUCUAAUUUGACAAAAAUAAAAAUGAUGAAUCAGAGGAGAUGAAAGAGAAUAAACACGCACAAGGGAAUCAGUCACGUAAACUGCUUGCUGCCUUUAGAUCACUACAAAAUACGUGGCUGUGACCCAGCUCCUCCGUGGUCACUUCACUUCUGUCCAAGUGAUGUCUCCUGCAAGCAUUUUAUUUCCUAACACUGGAAAAGAGUAAACAAAGAUGAUCCUAACGGUGGAAAACCAUGCCUGUUCUCUUUCCCUUGAGUCCUUACGUGAGCCAUACUGUCCUUGAGAUCUGCAGCCUUCUUCAGUCUUCCUCCUCCCUCUCUGUAGCUUUGGAGCCUGUCCUGGAACUCAGUCUGUAGACUAGGCUGUCCUCAAAUUCACAGAGAUCCGCCUGCCUCUGCCUCAGGAGUGCUGGGAUUAAAGCUGUGCACUGUUACCACUGCCCGGCUCCUUCAGUCUUCUUCGUCCUGAGAUUACAAGCAGGUGUCACCAGCCGUUUUCAAUUCUCUUCUAUUUUUUUCCCCUCAACAAAGAAAUAUAUGGCCUACUAUGGGGAGGCCUUUUCAUCUCUUCGUUUUCCUCUUUUCUCUCUCUCUCUCUCUUGGGCUAGGGCUAGAGCUUAGGGCUUCGGGAAUGCUAGGCUGUUGCCCUUCUCUGAGCUAUAAAGCCCCCCGCCCCCCCGCAACUGUUUUCUUAGUUUAUAAAUGUCUUGGCUCGCCCCAUGAACUAAACAUCAUGCUAAUGUGGACAGACAGUUCCAACCACAAUUCAGAGUGUAGUAGCUUUUAACUUUGGUGUUUCCUAAGAAUGUUUUCAUUCUUUUUUUUGUUUUUGUUUUUUCGAGACAGGGAUUCUCUGUAGCUUUGGAGCCUGUCUUGGAACUAGCUCUUGUAGACCAGGCUGGCCUCGAACUCACAGAGAUCCACCUGUCUCUGCCUCCCAAGUGCUGGGAUUAAAGGCGCGCACCACCACCGCCCAAAUGUUUUCAUUCUUAGUUUCCUUGGGGGCUCUAAUUCUGAGUUAGGUGACUGUUAGACUCUUGCUCACAUGUUCAAGUUGAGUUUGAAAUCAAUCCAUUUGGCAAGUGUGUGUGUGGUUUUUUUGUUUGUUUCCAUUGUCUUUAGUUUCCAUUUCUGGGACUCAAACUGCAUUAAAUUAAUUUCUAGUGUUUAGACUUGGAGAUAACUGUGAAUUUGUAUUUGCUCAAGCAGUAUUGUCACUUUGGAAAAGUCCACAGUUUAAGGUUGUAAGUUCCACAUCAAAAAAAAAAAAAAAAGCAGCAGCAGCAAGCCGGGUGAUGUUGACUUUAAUCCCAGUACUUGGGAGGCAGAGGCAGGUGAAUCUCUUUUAGUUCGAGACCAGCCUGGUCUGCAAGAGCUAGUCCAGGACAGGCACCAAAGCUACAGAGAAACCCUGUCUCAAAACCACCACCACCCUCCUUAAAAAAAAAAAAAAAGAAAACCUUGAUAGUAUAUUGGUAAUUAUCUACAACAAUGCCAAGUCAUAUUUGUUUUGCACCAAACAAUACUAGAGAACUAAGAUGCAUCAUAAAAUGUAUAAUGUUUUAUAUUAUACCUAUUUCAGUAUUUCAGUGAUUAAUGCCUAGAGUUCUGUAAAGUAAUUCAAUGAGUUAUGUAAUAAAUGGGUAUUGUGAGUCAUGUAAUAAAUGGGUAUUGUGAAAGCCUCCUCAUCUCAUUUCUUUCCAAGCUGCCAAUUUUCUUGUGAAAGAAAAUAAAUG